AUGAUAGAGACAAUAAAGUUUGAGAAUUCGGAACGAGUUGUUCAGCUGGUCUGCAUGCCUCUUGCAAUUUUAACUAAUUUAAUUUUAAAUUUCCUCGUAUUUUGCAAAUUAGAUAAGAACUUGGGACUCUAGAAAAGCUUGAUGAUAUAUAUUGCCGUUUUCGAGUUAACGUAUUCAAUUCUAGAAUUUCUCGCUGCACCCGAGUUUUUCUGUAAUACGACCGUUUUCAUAAUAAUUAUAAGAUCAGACAGAAUCCUGCUUCCGUCGUAUUUCAAACACUUCGCGGUUAAUGCUUUUUGUGCUGUAUUUGGAGAAUCGUUGGCAAUUUUUGCUAUUCAUUUUGCUUAUCGAUAUUUGACUAUUACUGGGCAUCCAUAUAUCAAAACUUCAUCUUUUCAUAAAACUUCUGCAUUGUUCCUCAUUACUAUUUUGUUCGGAUCAAUAUGGUUACUUACACUGAGCGUCACGCUCGCAUCCAAUGAGGAUACCAAUGAAAUUCUUGAAAAUGAUUACCUUGGAGUUAACUCAAUUAGUCUCACUGAACUAACGUACCUUGGCCCCAACUAUUGGAAGUUCGACAGUAGCGGAAAUGAAGCUAUUAAUUGGAAAACGACUGGAGGAAUUCUUAUUCUGUCUGUUGUGCUUUUUGGGUCUUUUACCGUGAUACUUGUUCUUGCAACGUUGAGCUAUAAAGAAGUGUCAAAGUUACUAGCGGUAUCUACAGCUUCAAAAGAGAACCGGUCCAUCCAAUUGCAACUCUUAAACUCAUUGGUGUUCCAGUCACUGAUUCCUUUAUAUCUGAUACAAAUACCUUCUUCAUUCUUCAUUUUGUCACCGCUUUUUCAUCAGGGAAGAGCAGAUUUUGGAAAAUUAUUUGGAAUCUGUGUAUCAUUGUAUCCGGUGCUCGGUCCACUACCAACAAUUUUUGUCAUCAAAAGUUUGCGUAAUGCAAUUUUUAAUUGCUGCCGGCAAUCAAUAAAACUCAAUAUAUUGUCACAGAACAGCCCUGUAGUUGCACCCAUGUCCUGA